AUGGUCAAGCCGCGAGGCACCCGGAAAAGGCCGGUUGUACUGUCUUCAGAUGACGACGACGACCAAAUAUCUGUGCCCGCACACGCUCCCUCACGAGACAUACGAUCUUCAACAAGCUUGACGCCUGAACCGUCAUAUCCGCUGUUAAUGAGCGCUGCCCCAAAAUCAUCCACAAAAAGCGUCAGCAGUAGUCCACAAAAGGACAGGAAAAAGGAGGGCAAUCAGCCAGUGACAAAGGAUAAAGCCAUUUACUCGUUCUUCAACAGACAAACACAAAAACAGAACCAGCAUCGCACUACCCCACCUGCUGCCAAUGCGGUCGCCGCGUCCGUUAUACCCGUUCGAGCCACCGAGGAUGAAGACUACAUCCAAGAUGAUUCAAUGAAUGAGGAUGAUCUGCCUCCAUCAAGUUUCGUUGCCGGAUCCGCUAUUGCUUUGGCGGUCAAGAAGAGAAGUCGGGAUGCUUUGUCAAACGCUGCUCGGAUCGACAAUGAAGCUCCGCUUGGUACAGGUCAAAAGUUUCUUAAGACCGAUCGUGGCCGGAUCCCAACUUCAAUCGUGCCGGUGCUCUCAAGACAAGACACCCGCCCAUGGAUGGAAAGAUUCGGUCCUAAAAGUCUGGACGAGCUAGCAGUGCACAAGAAAAAAGUUGUAGACGUGCAGACUUGGCUGAGAGAUGUCUUCGAAGGUCGGAUCAGGAAAAGACUGUUGAUACUAAAAGGACCAGCAGGGAGUGGGAAGACCACCACCUUGCAGCUUCUAUCAGAAAAGCUCAAGUUCGAUAUACAAGAAUGGAAGAAUCCUACGAACUCUCUUCAGACUAUUGACGGGUUUGUUUCAAUAACUUCUCAAUUUGAGGAAUUCAUGUCGAGGACAGGAAAAUUCCAUAGUCUCGACAUUGCGAACUCUUCCGGAAUGCAAUUCCCUGUUCGAGAUACUAAAUCACCCAAACAGGCAAUCCUGAUUGAGGAGUUCCCGACAAACAUCUCAUAUAUUUCUUCUGCACUGCAAGCUUUCCGCUCAUCUAUCAAUCAGUAUCUAGCCGCUAACGCACCCCCUAUGGAUUCUUUCUUUGGCGACCCAGAAUCAUUUGUGCACAACAUUAUACCACUCGUGAUAAUCAUAUCCGAAACUUUGCUAUCUUCAACCGCUGUGUCAGCCGAAACCUUCACAGCACACCGUCUUCUUGGACAGGGUAUCUUGAACCAUCCUAGCGUAACCAUUAUCGAAUUCAACCCUAUAGCUCCUACGAUCUUGUCAAAGGCGCUCGACCUCGUUGUAAUAAAGGAGUCCCGUCAGUCUGGACGUCGUAAGACCCCAGGUCCUCAAGUCAUCAAAAGACUGGCUGAGGCUGGUGAUGUUAGAAGCGCAAUCUCGUCUCUCGAGUUCCUGUGUCUGCGCGGAGAUGAACAAGAUGGAUGGGGUAGUAAAGUCUCUUUUGCCAAAACGAAAAAGGGUAGCCGGGGCAUACCACUUACCAAGAUGGAAGAAGAGUCUCUUACAAUGGUGACACAUAGAGAGAACACCCUAGGAAUAUUUCACUCUGUCGGAAAAGUCGUUUACAACAAGAGGCUGGAGUCGGAUGCAAGAGUCACUCUGGCACAACCACCCGGGCAUCUACCGCAGCAUAGACGAUCGAAAGUCCCAGAGGUACAAGUCAACACAAUGCUGGACGAGCUUGGGACUGACAUACAAACAUUCAUUUCCGCCUUACACGAAAACUACGCCCCUUCUUGCAACGGCCCGUCUGACGAGGAGUCUCUAGACUCGUUGGAUGGUAGUAUCGAGGCACUCUCAGACGCUGAUAUUCUGUCGCCUGAAAAGUUCAGUACCAGUGGGUUUGCACGCAGGACGUUCCAGGGCACGGCCCUUGACAAUCUGCGACAAGAGGAGAUAAGUUUCCAGGUAGCUGUCCGUGGACUACUCUUUAACCUUCCUCACCCUGUGAAGAGACAAGUCUCCCAUGGUAUGAGCUUCCGUGGUGUAAGCACGUCAGGUAAAGCAGAAGUACACCAAAUGUUCUGGCCGACAUCCUUGCGUCUAUGGCGAAAACGGGAGGAAGUAGAAGGUCUAUUGGAUCUAUGGACCAACAAGGCGCAGAACGGUACUCUGUUGACGUUUUCUGGAACACCCAAUUUCCGGCCAAAACAAAUGAACGGAGGAGUCGAGACAUGGAAACGUGCCGGUACUCAGUUCCCAGACCUUCCUGCUUCAACACUGCAAUCUGACCAAGUAGAGGGAUCCCUCGUCUUAGCAAGUGGCAAUUCUGCACGAUGUGAAAUGCUUCUAGAGCGACUGCCUUAUAUGGUGAAAAUAUACCGGAACCAGGCUUCUUCGACGGUCGAUCGGCUAGCGCGGGAAUUUGAGAAAGUGACAACGUUUCAAGGAAUAGAAGGUCCUUCAAACGAGGAACCAGAG